CCCACAUCCGUCUUUUAGUCUUUGUCCACAUCGUAUAAGAUGUGCUCUUCUUGUAGUUACUUAUUUAUGUUGGGUACAUACAUGGGUGUAUAGCUAAGAAUUAGUACAAAGAAAAUUCAAUUUACACAUAUACUUCUAAAAUAGGGUAAUCCAUGCAACUUAUAGGAUCGAACACCGUGGGAAUUGAAUCUGCCAAAAGGAAGACAGCGGAAGAGAUGACUAAGGAGGAAGAGGAGGUGGCGGUGCCGCCGCCGGAGCCGCUGCUGGAGCCGCCACACUUCGUCCUUAUACAUGGAGUAGGAGGAGGAGCUUGGUGUUGGUACAAGCUGAGGUGUCUGAUGGAGAGCUCCGGCUACAAAGUCUCGUGCCUUGACCUCAAAGCCGCCGGUAUAGACCCGUCCAACGCAAAUGAUAUACUUUGCUUUGAAGAUUACAACAAGCCCCUCCUCGAUUUCCUCGCCACCUUGCCUUCACACCAACAGGUAAUCUUGGUGGGGCAUAGCGCAGGAGGAUUGAGCGUUACAGAUGCGACGUACAAGUUUCAUCAAAAGAUAAGCCUAGCAAUCUACGUCUCUGCAACAAUGCUUAGAAAUGGCUUCACCACCGAACAAGACAUCAAAGAUGGAAUUCCGGAUGUGUCGAAUUUUGGGGGAGUGGAUAAUGUGUAUGAUGUGGGGUUUGGCCUCGGCCGGGAUGGACCUCCUACUAGCGCUAUUGUCAAGAAAACAAUACAAAGGAAAAUUAUCUACCAAAUGAGUCCACUAGAG